UCGACAGCAAUGCAGGUCAAUCAAGGUAUAUUUGCGACCAACGGUCAGUGUGGCUUCUUGUUGAAACCGGAAUGCAUGCGAAAGACGAACAGAAAUUUCGACCCAUUCAUCGACCGCACAGUGGACGACGUCGUGCCAAACAGCAUCACGGUCAGGGUCAUGUCCGGUCAGCUGCUGUCGACCAACAGGAUAAGCACGUUCGUGGAGGUGGAGAUGUACGGCUUGGCGGCGGACACGGUCCGCAAGCGGUUCCGAACACGUACUGUGGACAACAAUGGCAUCAACCCGCAGUAUAUGGACAAAAACACGUCUGGCUUUGAGUUCCCUAAGAUAGUUCUGCCUGACAUGGCCUACAUGCGUUUCGUGGUUUACGACGAUGCGAACCGCAACAUGAUCGGUCACUGUAUUUAUCCGGUAACCGGGAUCAAUGCCGGGUAUCGGCACCUUUGCCUGAAAAACGCCAUUGGUCAACCUCUCGGAUUGGCGACGCUCUUUGUACAUUUUUCCAUAAAGAUCUUCGUUCCAGAGGUACAUUCUGAUUUUGCUGAUGCUCUGGCCAAUCCGAUCGCCUAUUUGAAAGUGAUCGACAAGCGAAACGAAACUUUUCAUAAAGUCGCUGAUGAAGGGGAUAUUGCCAGUUGUACGUUGUGUCCUGAAAAUCAGGCAAAGAACCGAUUGUCGCACCGGGCAGACAAACAUUCGUUUGUAACAUUUCUCGAGAAUUCAGAAGCUCAGGAACAACGAAUCCCUCGGAAUCUGGCGACCAAAGUGCUCAUAUUUCAGAACCCGUUUGUGAAAUUUGUGAUUCCACGAUCGAAACCGAAAACCGCUCAAAAAAUCUCUGGUUUGAACUUUGAUAUCCUGUCGAAUUUGAACAGUCUUCAGAACCACAGCAUUAAGAAGUAUACCAUGCAAAAGUUGAUGAGUAAUCCGAAGGAACGGCGUCGCAGCAGCGAUGGCGCCAGCUAUGCUACGAAAAGCCUGCCCAACAUACAUUGCUCGAUAGGGAAGCUGCUAAACAUGGCGUGCUCGCCGUGGAAUCAGUCUCGUCUGACAUCUUCAUCGUUAUAUUCAUAUGGGAGUCCGGAGUGCCCCAGAAAACUGAAGAAUUCCACUGAGACUACAGAAGAUGGCGAAAGAAUUUUUAACGCGACAUAUUGGAGAGCGGAAUGGAACUUCGUGAAGGAUCAGAAGCUGGCUUUGCGCAAAGUGAUGAUCGAAGUCACCGACCAGUGCAAACGUCAGUCAUACAGUAUCUUGGACAAAUUAUAUGAAAAGUAA